AUGUCAUCGUCGUCGUCGUCCGUGCUGCGUUUAUACCGCGCGAUGCUGGGCAAUGCCGCCAAGUUUGAUAACUAUAACUUUCGCAGCUACGCCGUGCGCCGCGUUAAGGAAGAAUUUCGCAAGAACAAGACGCUGAAGCCUGGCAGUUUGGAGCAGGAAAAGGUACUGGAACUUGCGCGUCAACAAGUUGAUGUGCUAUAUCGUCAGAUGAUCGUGUCCAAGCUGUAUCCACCACACGUUAAGAGCGUCAUGGAGACGAUCGGUUAG